CAUAGCAAGUAGCAACACCAAAAACCGUUUGCCAUUUUUGCUGUGUAAAAGGUAUGCUGUCGGUCCUUCGCAGGCCUGAAUUUUAGUAAUUAGAGAGAUUUCAAGACAUUUAGUGAUAUUUGGGACUAACUAGUCAUGUCUAUGGCACUAAAUCCACAGUACGAUGCAAUUGGAAAAGGUUUCGUACAACAAUAUUACACAUUGUUCGAUGAUCCGGCACAGCGACCAAAUCUCGCUAAUAUGUACAAUGUUGAAACAUCAUUUAUGACUUUUGAGGGAGUUCAAUUACAAGGUGCUGUUAAGAUUAUGGACAAACUCAAUAGUUUAGCAUUUCAAAAGAUCGGUAGACUGAUAACCUCUGUUGACUCACAACCCAUGUUUGAUGGUGGAGUUUUAAUUAAUGUUCUCGGUAGACUGCAGACAGAUGAUGAUCAACCACAUGCAUACUUCCAAACAUUUGUAUUGAAGCCUAUAGGAAACUCGUUCUAUGUUGAACAUGAUAUGUUCAGACUGGCACUACAUGAUGUUUAAGGUGCGACGACGAUCCUCCACAUCCAUACAUGCAGACUUUUGUUUUGAAGCCACUCGGAGAUUCCUUUUUUGUACAGCACGAUAUAUUUCGCCUUGGCAUCCACGACGUUGCUUAAGUUCUUCUAUUGUAUCAUAUUGCUAAAAAUAUUCUACUGGUUAUGACUAAUGAUUAUCUUGCUGCUGUAAUCUGCAUCUUGUUUUGGUUAUCUAGGUAUAAGAAGCUAGAAUGGUCACUCACUGCCUACAAAAUUAAAAUUGUAAAUUAACUCACCAUUAAUUAUUCGGCAAAGAUUUGGCUGGCAUUAGAUGAAUUAUCGAGAUGGCUUUAGUCAAUGUAAAGGCAGACUUUUUUCAGUUACAUGUAUACAUUUUAUAAUAAAUACAUUAUUUUUUAA